UCGUUGCCGCCGCCGCUGCUGCUGCUCCUGGUGUCCGGCGGUCUGGUUCUCCGAGCAAAACAACGUCGUCGUAUUGUUGUAUAUAUAUUAUAGUACCGCGCUCUCUCCCGUUGCAACGGAUACCCGACCGCGAUCGUAUCGACAAUAAACGGUAAAAAAAAAAAAAAAAUAAAUAUAUAUUUUAAUCGAGUUUCCCGUGACGGGGCCGCCCCCGCGUCAGCUCCGGUCGGUCAUCCAGUACCGUCCGGCCAUCGUUGUUACGCGGUCGUGUGUUCUCGUUUUUUUCCUUUUUUUUUUUUUUUUAUUUAUCAAUAUUUUCAGUAUUUAUUUUUUUUCGUGGAAAUACGCUACGACGAUGCCGAACGAGAAACCAAACGCUCCGAUUUCUCCGGCGGACGUAUGACCGCUACGCCUUAUGUUCUCCGAUUGUCGUCACGAUUUUCGCAUCGCACGUCUAGCAAUUGGAUGUUAACUGUAAAUAAAAAUGGCUCUUCCUAGUGAUGGAGAUGAUAAAGAAUGGCUUAUGAGCCUUUUAGUAGAUGUUCAACUAGAACAUUUCCAUACUCGAAUUAUCGAUGAACUUCAAAUAACUAGACUGUCUCAUUUUGAAUAUGUUAAACCUGAAGAUUUGGAAAAUAUCGGUAUUAGCAAACCAGCAGCUCGAAGAUUAUUGGAAGCUGUUAAGAAGCGAAAAGGUGCUGAACGGAGAUAUAAAAUUUUAUCAAUUUUGGGUGGAACUCAAGCUAGCAAACACUCAACUGGAACUGUAAAAAAGCAUGCUUCUACUACUCAAAUUACUCAACCAUCAGCUUUAUCUCUUACUUGUUUAAUUCUUGAAAAGGAUAUCAAGUUAUCUGAAAAAAUUGGUGAUGGUUCCUUUGGCAUUGUGAGUCGUGGAGAAUGGACUACUUCAACUGGACAGAUCCUUCCAGUUGCUGUCAAAAUGCUAAAACAAGAUGUACCAUCAUUGCCACAAAUGUUUGAAGAUUUUGUUAAAGAAGUUCAAUCCAUGCACACAUUAGAUCAUGUGCACCUUAUUAAGUUGUAUGGGAUUGUUUUAACUCAGCCAAUGAUGAUGGUUACUGAACUAGCUCCUUUAGGAAGUCUAAGAGAUUAUUUAAGAAAACAAUGUGGCCAUAUUUUGAUAACAGAUCUAUGGGAGUAUGCUUUACAAGUGGCUACUGGCAUGGAGUAUCUAGAGAAAAAACGAUGCAUACAUAGAGAUUUGGCAUGUAGAAAUAUAUUACUUACCACACCUCAUCAGGUCAAAAUUGGUGAUUUUGGUCUCAUGAGAUUAUUGCCAAUGGAAGAAGAUUGUUAUGUUAUGACUGAACGGCGUAGAGUACCAUUCCCUUGGUGUGCACCUGAAAGCUUACGUACACGACAAUUUUCACAUGCUUCUGAUACAUGGAUGUAUGGUGUAGUACUUUGGGAAAUGUUUACUGGUGGAGAAGAACCUUGGGCAGGUCUUGAUGCUUCUCAAGUACUUUCCAAAAUUCUUCGAGAACGAAAACGUUUAGAGCAACCAGAAGCUUGUCCGAUAAAUUUGUAUAGAUUAAUGCAACAAUGUUGGAUUUUAGACCCUGGUGAACGUCCAAGUUUUAAAAGUAUAAGAAAUUAUUUAAAAAGUAAUUCGCCAAACAUAGUCAAAGCUACAUCAAAUUUGGUAGCCAGUGAAUUUAGUGAUGAGCCAAGCAGAAUGAAUAUAGAAGAAGGAGAUAAGAUAAUUGUAAUUGAUGGUCAACCUGAUCAUUUCUGGUGGAAGGGACAAAAUUUGAGGACUUAUCAAAUUGGAAAUUUUGCAAGACGAUCAGUUGAUCCAAUGAGACGGAAAGCAUCAGAUGACAUUAGCAAACCCUUAAGAAAUUCUUUUAUACAUACUGGCCAUCACGGCGAUUCUAGUGGAAACAAUUGGGGUUUUCAUGAUAAAAUCGAUAAAGUUUAUUUGAAUAAUCCUAUGGAUCCUCCAGAUUUAUUAGGAGGUCCAAGAGUGGUUGAACCAGGCCCUCCUAUUCUGCCAAGUCGAAAAAAUACUAGUCCCAAAAAAAAUAUAGAUGUAGUCGAAAAAAAUUUAAGAUGUAAAGCAGAAAAGUCCAAAAAUACUGUGCUUACAUCUAUUCUUCCAAGUAAUAGACAAUUUAACUACUCUAAGCUUCCAGAUAAUCGUAAAAGGAGCUUAAGACCUGCUCCUGGUAGACCUCCAGGCCCAUUUCCUCAGUUUUCUACUGGUGAACAAGUUUUAGUCGAUUUAGAUGGAUGUACUCCACCCCCAGUAAAUUAUAACAACAGUAGUACUUCAUCCAUGAACUCAAAUUUAUCUAUUCUAGACCAACCAAUUGAUGUUGCAGAAACUGAUAAUUCUUCUGAACCUUUUGAUUAUCAUCAUUCAUACUCGAAUGUCAGCGGAUUGUUUUCAUCUGAACAAUCUACUGAUCCAUUUGAUACUUCAAUAUUUGAUACUGCUACUGGAGCUGUUCAUAAUUUUCCUUCUUAUUCUGAUAUACCUAAUAUACAAGCAAAUGAGCCUGUGAUGGAUAAUACGCCCAAACUUGAUAUGAAUUUUAUUGCUGAACUUGAAAAAAAUUUAGGUAAAAAAGAAGCUCAAGCCAACACUAAUAAUCAAGUUGUUUUGGCGCCUCCAAAUGUUGUUCCAAAAAAAUUGAAUACAGAACAUUUAAAUUCAGCUAUUCCUCGACCAUCAAGCUCCAUUAGUACACACUCAAAUAGUGCUAGUGUUAGUUAUUAUUCAACCACUGAUCUUGAUAUGUCAUCAUUUAUCUCCAAGUAUGAUUCAGAUCCAAUCUAUGCAGCAAAUCUAAAUAUGGCAGAAAAUAAGGUUAAAGAGCUGUGUAUAAGUGAUAUACCAUCAAACAAAAACACCAACAACACUUCUUCAAAUUGUUUUAGAAAUGAUUUGUAUUCAAAUAGAAAGACUGAUAAUUUAACUGUUGCAUCAAAUUAUAGCUCACCAUAUUAUAGUCCUCCGGUAGACAUGUCUAGAUAUUACAGUCAAACUCCUAACAUGUAUCAAAUUGUUCCAGAGCCAAAUACAUCCGAUUCAUCAGUAUCACAGCUUUGUAAUUAUUUCAAUAAUUCAGUAACUGAAGAAGAAUGUUUAGAUGCUUUGGAGGCAACAUCUUGGAAUUUUCAGGAAAGUGUGAAACAUCUAAAAAUUAAUAAUUUAUUGAGAUUAGGAAUGGCAUCCAGAGAAGCUUGUGUAACUGCUUUAAACAACUGUAAUUGGAAUGUGGAAGAAGCUGCUUCUACUCUAUGUGAUACUGUUUGAUCUACUACUUGUGUAAUGAAAAUAUUUUUCUUCUCAUACCAAGAAACAAAUAUUUUAUUAUUCCCUAAGGGAAAUGUUAACUAUUGAAUUUAUUAAUUUGUGUACUAUAUAUAUUAAAAUUAAGUAUACCUGUGAUAAAAACUAUUUCCAUGUGGACCUAGGUUAU